CUCUUUCAUCUGUAGUGAGAACUCUCCAAGUCCCUCUCUGGCAGUGACAGGUUAGAGUCGAAAGGAGCGCGGAGGAUUAUGGGUAAUGCUACAGGCAGGCAGGCGAUGAGCCAAAGAAAUGUGGAGGUUUGACUCGGGUGAAUUUGAGACGCGUUGUUUUGAAUGAUCUACCUCUAAAACCAGAGCAGGGAUUCAUUCCGUGGUGUUUUUGUUUGGUUAUGCGCGCGAUGAGCGGAAGUGAGCUGUCUCUGCAGGCUCUGUCCUGGCGGAAGCUCUAUCUGAGCCGGGCAAAGCUCAAAGCCACAAGCCGCACUUCAGCUCUGCUGUCCGGCUUCGCCAUGGUCGCAAUGGUGGAGGUUCAGCUGGAUACAAGUCACGAUUACCCCCCUGGUCUGUUAAUCGCAUUCAGUGCAUGCACCACAGUGUUGGUGGCGGUUCAUCUCUUUGCUCUGAUGAUCAGCACCUGCAUCCUGCCCAACAUCGAGGCCGUCAGCAAUGUGCACAACCUGAACUCGUUGCGUGAGUCUCCACACGAACGUAUGCAUCGCCAUGUCGAGCUGGCCUGGGCCUUCUCGACUGUCAUUGGUACACUGCUCUUCCUUGCCGAGGUCGUCCUGCUCUGCUGGGUGAAGUUUUUACCCAUCAGGCCCAAGAAUCAGAAAAACGGCACCAUCUCAGCUGGGGUGGCCGCCGCCAUCACCUCCACCUCUAUCAUGGUGCCAUUUGGCCUCAUCUUUAUAGUCUUCGCUGUCCAUUUUUACCGCUCGCUUGUCAGUCACAAAACCGACCGUCAGUUCCGGGAGCUAGAGGAGCUGGAGGAUCUGACACGGCUUCAGAAUGAGCUGGACCAAAGAGGAGAAACGUCAGCUCUGCACUCUCCAACCUCCCAAUAGAGGACGUCUUGACCAUCCUGAGCCUGCUUUUUAAACUACUGUGUCGAUUUUUUACAGCCCUGACGUAAAUCCAGGGCUUUGGAGGUUAUCUGGUGUUCAUCGAACUGCAGUUCCUCAAAUAUCUAGCAUGCAUGGUAACUAGAAGAACAGCAAAAUAUGUUCAAUUACACGAGCAUAUAUAAUGUCAGUCCCCUUUCUUCUUACUUGAAGACGUACAUAUAUGAACUCAUGCUUUCUUUGGUCUGUGAUCUUUGUUUGAUAAUGACAUUUCUAAGAACGAUACUAUAACCUUGCAUUCACACUGUUGGAAAGCUGUCAAAAGGCUAUAAAAGAAUCCCGUAGCAUUCACAAAAGUGGAACAAUAUUUUUGGGUAUGUUGGAACCCAUAGUGAGCAGUUGAUGCUAACCAGUGCAUGUGAGAGAGGGCUGGACUUGGGACAAUCCAGACACUUUAUUUUCCUCACUGGGAAACCUUAUGCGUGUUUUACUGAUCUCGGUCUCCUUGAUGAUGCAGCAUUGUUAGGACUGGAAGGUUCUCGUACUGUGAUUAGCACAUCAACAGCCUGGAACAACGUAAAGUUUAGCUAGUUUAAAUGAGUGUCUAAAAACUGUUGGUACAUGUGUCACUACUGAGUCACCUGUAAUUCACAAUAGUGUCAUUCAAAUUUAUUUAAUUAUUCCAUGAAUCAUACAGGGAUCAAUAAUCAAUUGUUGAGUGCUGAUGUGUAAACAUAUAACUAACAUCUAAGUGCAAAAAUUAUCACACAACUGAUGAUGGUCCAGUGAACUAUCUAUCUGUGAAAACAUUACUGACUACCAGACUAAGUAUAUCAAGCAACGUAUAACUAUUUAUGGUAUGUGAACUGCCAUAGCAUGAACGCAAGGCAAGCAGAGUACGAAGCUGACGGAUGUACAUCAUUUUUGCUCAUCAUCUUUGAAUUUAAUCACUGAAAGCAUUUUAGAGGUCAAUGAUAAAUUAAUUUUACUAACUGCUGUAAUUUUUAAUGCCAUAGCUCUCUUGUUGAAAUUCUUUUUACUGAUGCCCUCAGUAUUCUGUAAUUAUGAAUGUCAGACCCAAAAGACUACUGUUAGGUAUGUGCUGAUAUUAAAUUCCCAUAUCAUAUCAUCACUGGCGGUUAGUACGGAAAAAUAUAUAUCAUGGUACAUGACAUUUUUUCACUAUGUAAUGAGGAGUGUUUAGUUUUGAUCAAGUGUCAACAAUGUUGCAGUAUAAAAAAACCAAAUUGUUGAAGAAAGGAAAUUGUAUACAAUUAGAUCUUAAAGUACACUCAGAUGAAAUGUAAUGAACAGUGGAGCCGGUGUUGUUAGAAAAGUGCUGCCAUGUGUGUGUGUGUGUAUAUAUAUAUUAUUUAUAUACACACACACACACACACAGUGCUGUGAAAAAGUAUUUGCCCCAUCUUGAUUUCUUCUGUUCUUGUGUACAUCGCGUAUGAAAUUGUUUCAGAAAUUUAAACACAAUAUAAGAUAAAACAAAGGCAUCCUGAGUAAACACAAAAUACAGUUUUUAAAUGAUAGUUAUUUAUUGAAGGAAAAAAGUUUAUCCAAUACCAGCUGGGCCAGUGUGAAAAUGUAUUUGCCCCCAUCGUUACCAAUUCCCCAAAUCUAUGAAACUGCAUUCAUAAUGGGGUUUAGCUGGACUGGACACAAGCAGGCCUGAUUACUGCAAACCCUGUUCAAUCAAAUCAGCAAUUAAAUAGAACUUUUUCAACAGCAUGAAGUUGGUUAAAAGGUCUUACCCAGUAACACACUAUGCCAAAAUUGAAAGAAAUUCCAGAAAUGAUGAGGAAGAAGGUGAUUGAAAUACAUCAGUCUGGGAAGGGUUACAAAGCUAUUUCAAAGACUCUGGAACUCCAAAGAACCACAGUGAGUGCCAUUAUCUCCAAAUGGAAAAACUUGUCACAGUAGUGAACCUUCCCAGAUGUGGCCAACUUUCCAAAAUUCCUCCGUGAGCACAGCAGAUUCAUCCAACAAGUCACAAAAGAGCCAAGGACAACAUCAAAGGACCUACAGGCCUCUCUAACAUCAAUAAAGGUCACUGUUCAUGACUCCACUAUCAGAAAGACACUGGGCAAAAAUGGCAUCCAUGGAAGAAUGGUGAGGUGAACACCACUGCUAACCCAGAAGAACAUUAAGACUCAUCUGAAAUUUGCCAAGACACACCUUGAUGAUCCUCAAACCUUUUGGGAGAAUGUUCGACCAGAUUUUAAGUUAAGGGGGCAAUUAGUUUUUCACAUUGGUGGUAGGUGUUUGAUAACUUUCUUUGCUUCAAUAAAAAAAAUUAAAAACAAUAAAAACUUUGUAUGUACUCAGUUUGCUUUUGUUUUGUAAUGUAUUUCGUUUGAACGGUAAUUACUCACAUUAUCUCUGUCUGAAGUUAUCUGGGCAUUUUAAUACUACUUAAAACACUUCCCUUGUCUUCUUUUCCCCUAAUUCUUAAAGGCACCAAGGCAGCUAUUUAGUAGGAUCUAUUUAGCAAAUUGACCACGUACAUUUUUAUUGCUGCUGAGCAGAGUGUCGACUUGUCCUUAAUAAAAAUUUUCAUACAUUUUAUGAAUUAAAAGUCUGAAGGAAUCAACUGUCUUAAAUUUUAGGCUACAAACAUUCCUCAUCUGGUGUCAUGUGGUAUAUAACAAUAUCAGAACAUCUAGCACAGGUUGAACGUGCAUUUUGUUGGUGACGAGAAUCUUACACAACUUCAAAAUGACUGCUUUAACCACAUGUGGGUCUCAUUUUGGAUGGGAAACCAUUAGCCAAGUGGCGUGGCCUUGAAGCUUUGUGAUUUUUUUAUAACUAUUGCCAAGCACACCCAGUGUCUAAUUGGUUUACAGAAACAGUGUUUGUAGUGAGUUUUGUAUGGUUGGAAGAUCUUUAAAAGUCUGAAUGAAAUAAAAUGAAAUUUACCAAAACAUA